AUGACCUAUCGAUCGGCGUAUGAACCAAGAAAAUCGGAAUCCGACACCUGAGAACGUUCCUUCGUAAGAUAAAAGAACGAUGAGACACCCACUACUGUGAUCGGGGUAAAUUUGCAUUUCGUUUAGAAGGAGCUAUGCGAAAACAGGAUUGAUAUGUUAGAAGGUCAAAUUGAAGAAAAGAAUCGUCAACUGGAACAAAAAAACCGCGCAAUUCAAGAACGGAAUCGUCAAUUGGAGCAAAAAAUCGCGAAAUUGAAGGACUGAAUCAUUCAGUCCUUCAAUUUCGUCGACUGAGUCGACUCGUUCAAAAAAAUCGUCAAUUAGAGCAAAAAAAUCGCCAAAUUGAGGAACGAAAUCGUCAACUGGAGGAAAAAGAUCAUCAACUACAACAAAAAGAUCGUCAACUAGAACAAAGACGCGAAAUUGAAGGACAGAAUCGGCAACUCAAAGGAGAAAGUGGUGCAGAAAAGGUUAAUGAUGGUGGAAAUGCAAAAUAA